AGAGAAUGUCUGUAUCUUUUUAACAAAGCGCUUGUUAAUAUUAUAUCAACAGUCUUGCGAUUCAUGGAGGACCUCCAGUGCCACAAAGAUUGCCACCUGAAGAACGUAAGUGUACACUUCUUUUUGUCAAACAAACGCGCGGUACAAACUGUAGUUCCCAAGUUCUUUUAUUAUGGUGUGUCACCCCCAUGUAGCACACAGAAAUAAGCCGUACCAUAUAUUAGAGUCGUAAACUCCUUAGCAGCGUUUACCUGCAGCAUAAAACGAAUCACAGUAAAGUUGGAUUCGAUUUUCCUUACUUGAUUUCUCAUUCUUAAAGAUUACGGAAACAGUUUCCGUAAAGCUUCGACAUUCGUAUUUAGCAGCCCCUCGCUACUUUCGGGUAAUGACGUAUAUUAUUAUGAACUUUACGACUUUUGCAAGUGAUUUGUUGUUGUUGUUCUUGUUUUUCUGGUCACUCUCGUAUGUUUAUGCAACACUGGUUGCUUGCUUUUUUUACUUCACAGCAACAGGAAUUCAUGUACAACAAAUAACCGGAACUACAAAGUAACAGCGCUUUAUUUUAAAGAAUUAUCUAGCAAAUCUGUAAGAAAUUUUUCCAUGCCCUUGUUGGGCUUGCCAUCGGCACAAGCACAAGUUUACUUACUGAAAGUACACAUGCACUACAUCUUGUUCCAUGUUCGUUUUGAGUGAACGUAAAAAUGGAAUUGAUUUUUGCGUAGACCUUGGUGCAAUUUAAGUUGAACCACUUGGUUAAGUAGCAUGAGAAUACGCAGCGAUGUACAUGUAACUCGUAGAAAGAUUCACUUGAACCUUCCUUGCUUUAAAAAGCAAUUAAUCUACCACAUGACCUGCCGACCUGUCGUACCGAAAAUCACCCAUCGGUACUUAUUCUGAGUUAUUUUUUGAGGCAACUAAAUCUUCAGAAGGGUAUUCGUACAUUCUAUCCUUGAUCGCUUAUACCCGUAGUAUUCGGAACAAAUGACUGAAAAAACAUAAAAGAAUUAUUUAUAAAAAUAAUCAGUUUGGAAACGAUUGCCUUUAGUACAAAAACACUUCACAUUUAUUCUUUCUCUUUGAGGAUAACACCAAGUGAACUAUUACACGUGUCAGUCAAGAUCGCUACCAUCCUCCUGAUUUAAUACGGUAGAUUAUACCCUGUCCGUGCAAAAAAGCGACUUUCUUCAUUCUUUCAUCAAUUUCCGUUUCAGGAAAACGUCGGCCUCGCACAACUCAGAGCAUGGCCUCAUUCCGAACCACACGCCGUCAAGACAUAAAGAGAGUGGCCUCAGCACCAGCUGUAGCUAAUAGUUAUCGUAACCAAGUCAAGGCUGGGAUCAUACGAGCUAUGUUACCGCGUUCAGACUCAACUCAAAUAAGAAGCGCCUUUGGAGCUGCGGAGGUCUGGAAAUCGAAGCUGCUGACUGCGCGGCCCACGUUAGAGCAGAGACUUUACAGUAAAAAUUGUUGACAAAAUGUGGCCAAUAUGACAUGAAACCUGCUAUGAAUCCUUGGAUCGCCCGGACUGGAGCCUAAGACGGAAGCAUGGAAUUGUUAUUCGGCUGCUUCAUCUCUCAGCGAGGGUUUAGACUAAAGCGUCUAUUUCAUUACUUAGGUGCUCACAAGUCAGUCAUGUAGAGAUCUUCUAAGAGUCUUGGCGUCUUUAUUUCAUGGUUCAAUUUUGUGUAUUAAUUCUAACCAUGUGCGGAGAAUCUGAGAUCUUCGUAUCCGUAUUCUAUGGCUAGAUUGGCCCAAGGGAAAAUGGAAGUGGAGGAUGGAUAUACCUCGAAAAAUGAAGGUUGUAAUGUUCUUUGUUCAAAGUUUGAUGAACUUCCGGUAUCAAUAUUAUUCAAUACAA